ACACUAGUGCGGUGGGGGGACGGCUGAGCCUGCUGCCUGGGUUACGUGCACCCACACAACCACCGCUUGGGACAGGCCCUCCUGUCCUGGUCGCAACAGGGACGCUAUGGAGCAUUCCUUGCACCGCGUCUCCCUUGGGAGCCGGCGCGCCCACCCGAACUUGUCCUUCUAUCUCACCACCUUUGGUCAGCUGAAGCUGUCCAUUGAUGCCCAGGACCGGGUUCUGCUGCUGCACAUCAUAGAAGGCAAAGGCCUGAUGAUCAAAGAGCCUGGCAUCUGUGAUCCCUAUGUGAAGAUUUCUUUGAUCCCAGAAGACAACCAGCUGUGCUGCCAGAAGACGCAGACCAUCCCAGACUGCAGAAACCCAGCCUUCCGCGAGCACUUCUUCAUUCCUGUCCCGGAUGAGGGCGAUCAGAAGCGUCUUCUGGUGACCGUGUGGAACAGGGCUGGAGAGACCAGGCAACGUGCCCUCAUCGGCUGCAUGAGCUUUGGGGUGAGGUCACUCUUGACUCCAGAUAAGGAGAUCAGUGGCUGGUACUAUCUGCUAGGGGAAGACCUGGGCCGGACCAAGCACCUCAAGGUGGCGAGGCGCCGGCUCCACCCUCUGAGAGAUGUGCUGCUGAGAAUGCCAGGAGGCUGGGACCCUGAGGAUGGGGAGAAACUCCAGAUCGCCAUCCCGAGGGGCAAAGAUGGCUUUGGCUUCACCAUCUGCUGUGACUCUCCCGUCCGAGUGCAGGCUGUGGAUUCUGGGGGCCCAGCGGAGAGGGCAGGGCUGCAGCAGCUGGACACAGUGCUACAACUGAACGAGAGGCCCGUGGAGCACUGGAAAUGUGUGGAGCUGGCACACGAGAUCCGGAGCUGCCCUAGUGAGAUCAUCCUGCUCGUGUGGCGUGUGGUCCCCCAGAUCAAGCCAGGGCCAGAUGGUGGAGUCUUGCGGCGGGCCUCCUGCAAGUCCACACACGACCUCCUGUCACCCCCUAACAAGAGGGAGAAGAAUUGUACUCACGGGGCCCCAGCUCGACCCGAGCAGCGCCACAGCUGCCACCUGGUGUGCGACAACUCUGACGGGCUACUGCUUGGUGGCUGGGAGCGCUACACUGAGAUCGGCAAACUCAGUGGCCAGCACACGCUGCCUGCGCUGUCCCGGGCCACCACGCCCACCGACCCCAACUACAUUAUCUUGGCCCCACUGAAUCCUGGAAGCCAGUUGCUGCGGCCUAUGUACCAGGAGGAUGCCAUCCCUGAAGAACCAGGGACUACCACUAAAGGGAAAUCGUACACUGGCCUGGGCAAGAAGUCUCGGCUUAUGAAAACAGUGCAGACAAUGAAGGGCCACAGCAGCUACCAAGAUCGCUCAGCUCUGAGACCGCACGUUCCACAUUCAAGCUACGGCACCUAUGUCACCCUGGCCCCCAAAGUCCUGGUGUUCCCCGUCUUUGUGCAGCCCCUAGAUCUCUGUAACCCUGCCCGGACCCUCCUGCUGUCGGAAGAACUGCUGCUCUAUGAGGGGAGGAACAAAGCUUCCCAGGUAACACUGUUUGCCUACUCGGACCUGCUGCUCUUCACUAAGGAGGACGAGCCUGGCCGCUGCGACGUCCUGAGAAACCCCCUCUACCUCCAGAGCGUGAAACUACAGGAGGGCUCUUCAGAAGACUUGAAAUUCUGCGUGCUGUACCUGGCAGAGAAGGCAGAGUGCUUAUUCACUUUGGAGGCUCACUCGCAGGAGCAGAAGAAGAGAGUGUGCUGGUGCCUGUCCGAGAACAUCGCCAAGCAGCAACAGCUGGCCGCGGCUUCGCCCACAGAGAGGAAGAAACUUCACCCUUACGGCUCUCUCCAGCAGGAGAUGGGGCCAGUCACCUCCAUCACUGCCACCCAGGAUAGAAGCUUUACCUCAUCAGGACAGACUCUGAUUGGCUGAGCAAGUCCAAGGGCGGGACUAUGCUUCUGGCAACUUAACCCUUUUGGGGCUUCCCCCACUACACAGUAACCUCAUCUCAACUGGACCCAAAACAAAACAAAACAAAACAAAACAAAAAACCAAACCAGAAGAACAAGAUGUUGGGCCUAGGGUCAUCUGGAGGGGAGUGGUCCCAAGUGUGUAUGUGGACUGGCAACAGGAGGAACAGUGGGUGUGAGAGACCCUGUGGGUUUGUGCAGAUUGGUACCAGGAAGUCUGGAUGGAGAAGACUCUGAAGUAAGCUCUCUUCAAGCAGAAGGAAGCUAAAUGGCACCUGGGCACCUGCUGGGGACAGCAGGAAGGAGGGAGAGGUCCCUCUAAUGGAGGACAAUGCCUGCGACCCAUCCUGCCGGAAGAUAUCUCACCCUUCCCUCUCCUGUUUCAUCGGGACACAUUUACUUCACUCAGUGGAUACUGGAGGGGGAGGGGGUUAUCGCCUUUGU